GAUGAAAGAACACUGCUGCCACGUCUUUUCCCCUCCCCCACUCACGUAGAGGCUAUUUCAUCCUUUCUGAGUGCAUUCCAAGGGAAAGUGGAAGAGCCACAGCUCUCAGAGAAACCAGAAAGAGUUAAGUUGAAACUGGCAAGCCUCUUUGGCCUUUCAGAUCAAUUCCUAAAAGGAGAUCUAGCUGUUUCUUCAUCCCUUUCUUAAAGUAAACAGUGCAAAAUUUCAAGUGUUCUCCCCUCUAUUAGGAACGCAUAGGAUGGUAGUGUCUAAGAACUGAAUUGUAUUUAAUACAUUCGAUUAUUUAAGAGAAAUAGUCUCAUACUUAUGGUACCAUUCUUCCUGCCCCUUAAAACAUACAUCUGGGGACCGUUCAUGUAAUCUGGGAACUCAAAGCUCUCACACAACUGUGGAAUUCGUUUUACUGAUGUGGACUUGUAAAAGCAGCAAACUCUCUGGUGAGAAAGACAGGAGGGGAGAGGGAAAAACUCAUGUGCCUUUAAAAAACCCAUGUGGAAGAAGAGGGAAGGAAGACGACUAGCUUCCCCCACACCAGGGUGACCUGACAGCCGACUUCCUCAACUCCGCAGCCCGAAACUCGCCGCCCGGGGCUACGUCUAGCUGUUCCAGCAGCACCGACGCGCAACAGAUGAGUUACGUCUGAACUUCUCUGGGAUCUGACAAUGUCCCUGUACUGUGGAAUUGCUUGCAGGAGAAAAUCUUUAUGGUGCUAUAGACUGCUGUCAACCUAUGUCACUAAGACCCGGUAUUUAUUAGAACUGAAGGAAGAUGAUGAUGCAUGCAAAACAGCCCAGCAGACGGGAGCAUUUUACCUCUUUCAUAGCCUGGCUCCUUUGCUUCAGAAAUCAGAACAUCAGUACCUGGCCCCCCAGCAUAGCCUAUCAGAGUUGGAAAAGCUCCUGGCUAAGUUUGGACAGGACACACAAAGAAUAGAAGAUUCAGUGCUGCUUGGCUGCUCCGAAAAGCAUGAAGCAUGGUUUGCUCUGGAUCUGGUUCUCAACAGCUCCUCUCCCAUAAACGCUUCCUUACAGAAACCUCAAAUGGAGACAGAGCUCAAGGGGUCUUUCAUUGAGCUAAGGAAGGCUCUCUUUCAGCUGAAUGAGAAGGAUGCCUCCUUACUAUCCACGGCUCAGGCUCUUCUCCGUUGGCAUGAUGCCCAUCAGUUCUGCAGCAGAAGUGGGCAGCCCACCAAGAAGAAUAUGGCUGGCAGCAAGCGUGUGUGCCCUUCCAAUAAGAUCAUCUAUUAUCCACAGAUGGCUCCUGUGGUGAUCACUCUGGUGUCAGAUGGGACUCAAUGCCUGCUUGCUCGCCAGAGUUCCUUUCCCAAGGGAAUGUAUUCUGCCUUGGCAGGUUUUUGUGAUAUAGGUGAAAGUCUGGAAGAGGCUGUCCGGCGAGAAGUUGCAGAAGAGGUGGGAUUGGAGGUGGAAAGACUGCAGUACUCUGCAUCCCAGCACUGGCCCUUUCCUAAUAGCUCACUCAUGAUUGCCUGUCAUGCAACUGUGAAACCAGGGCAAACAGAGAUCCAGGUGAACUUGAGAGAACUAGAGGCAGCUGCCUGGUUCAGUCACGAUGAGGUGGCUACAGCCCUGAGGAGAAACAACCCAUAUACUCAGCAACAGAAUGGGACUUUUCCAUUCUGGUUGCCCCCCAAGUUAGCCAUUGCUCACCAACUGAUUAAGGAGUGGGUAGAAAAACCAACCUGUUCUGCCCUGCCUGCUUAACUCAGAUCAGGCCACCUAGACUCCUCUCUCAGUAUCCCAGAUGGACAUAUCAGAGAUAAGGAGCUAAAAGGGAGGUGACGAAAGGCCAUCUUCAGGCCAACCUCAUAAUAAGGCAGAGAAGAAGGUGAGCCGCCUACAGCGAGACACCUCUACCAGCAGUGUUAAUGAAAUAAGUUCCUACUCAUAGGCAAUCAAAAAUGCCAAAACUGAUGAGAUGACAAUUGUCAAAAUCAGAGGGAGGGCUGAAGCAUUAGUUCAGAUGUAGGUCUUUGUUCACCCAUUUCUCCUAGGCCUUGGAAGCAGACAUCUUUUGGCAUGUGGCUUGUUAAUACUAGGUUUAUACUAACUGCCAAAAUGUGCCUGGCAUAAUUUUGGUUAAAACUUUUAUCUUAGUAUUGAAAAUAUAGAGCAAAUCUCAGCCCACUACUGAGUUACUUUUUAUCCUUAUAGAGUUAAGAAAAAUAGCACAAGAUAACAUUUUUUAAUUCAUAUACAGAUAAUUAUUUUGUACAUGGUAGUUAAAUUAAAGUCAUAUUUCUUUAAGUCAGCUGAAGGGAUGAGGAAAAUGGGAGCUAAGGCCUUCAUCAGAGUACUCUAUAAUAUAUCAGAGGCAAUGAUGUUCUGUUGAGGUAACUGCAUACCAGUGGGGCUCAAGAUGGGAAGGUUUUUUUUGCAGUUACUUGCUCAGUUUGUGACCCAAGGAAAAGAUGAUCAUUUUGCCAUGCCUGUUUUCCUAAGUAAAAUGGUUGCUGCAUUUGCACAUCCAGUAAGUGUGGUAACUUCAACUAAGGGAUUAGUGAGGAUGAACCAUUUUUUGAGUUUUAUGGGAUAAACUAAAUUUAGGAUUUGUCGUCAUUUAUAUAUGCCAUCCUAUACCUUGUCAUGGGGAGAAAAAUUAUCUGAAGGAAAUAAAAUAAAUUUCCACACUUUCA